GCUGGAGAUCUUCAUUCACACUUGGGUAGCUUGUUCCUCCCUAUCCAUCCACACCCCUCUUAACAUCCAACACCAUGACUCGUUACUUCUGCUGUGGAAGCUACUUCCCAGGCUAUCCUUGCUAUGGAACCAACUUCCGUGGAACCUACAGAGCCACUCCCCUGAACUGUGUGGUGCCUCUGGGCUCUCCCCUGCAGUACGGCUGCGGAUGCAAUGGCUACAGCUCCCUGGGCUUUGGCUUUGGUGGUAACAACUUCUACAACCAGAGCUCUUGCUAUGGUCGCAACUUUAUCAGGCCAUGGGGCUCUAACUCUGGUUUUGGCUACAGCACCUACUGAUGGACCAUCCGACAGCUCUGGUGACUAUAGGACUCUUGAACCAUUCUCUGCACAGAAGAACCUGAAGAGCAAUGAGUGUGUUUCUGUUUCCAGAUGUUCUUGGGAGAAGACACUGAGAUCUUACUGUGGCCUUGGUCUUCAAUGACGAUAAACUAGUUACUCAGGGUUCAAAUGCUCAACUGAUGAUACUCACUCAUCUGAAGCCAAGAAAGCAAGAUAUGUUUUUUUCUGACACUCAUGAAUUUUAGCAGUGAAAUUAGUAGUUUAUUUCCCAAGGUUGCUUUGUUCUUGUGUUAACUUCCAAAUCAACAUCCCUGUAUUGGACAUGGGUAUGAUGGGGUUUUGCUGUUAGUCUCCUAAUAAAUCUAUUUCAUUCAGCAUGAA